AUAACCUCUUUUUCAACUCUUCAUAAUAAAUUACUUUGCAUUUUGUAUUUGUAACGAUUAAAUACGCUAGUUGAGAAGUGCAGAAAGCAAGUUUUCUCAUUGAAUAUACUUGGAGCAAUAGAACUCUGUCCAAAAUGGAGCCUAGUCAAGAAAAUGUAGUUCAAGCUGUUGUUAUAAUGGAUCUUUUCAAUAAUAAUUUUUCUCCUAUUAAUAAAACUAAGCCUAUGGGCCUACUCUCUGUAGCAGGAGUGCCACUUAUCGAUCAUGUUUUGGAAUCGUUAGUUCUUGGUGGAGUAGGUGAAACAAUUUUGUUCUGCUGUCAAGAUGGACCUAAAAUAAAGGAGCAUAUAAAGACAACAAAACAAAAGAAAGCACCAUGGAGUUUAACUAUGGAUGUGCAAGUUAUUAUGUCCGAGACUUGUCAAACAAUGGGUGAUGUAAUGAGAGAAAUUGAUGCAGCUGGUCUUGUUAGAGGAUAUUUUGUAUUAUUGGGAGUUAAUAGCAUUACAAAUAUUAACUUUGCAUCCUUGCUUGAAGAACACAAAUUGACAUGUAAAAAGGAUAAGGAGGCUGCAAUGACACUGAUCUAUAAGAGAGUUUCCUGGGAACAUCCAUUAAUUAAAAAUAAUAAACCAUUAUUUUUAGCAGCUGAUGGAAACACAAAUAAAGUCCUCAUUCAUGAAAAAACUAGAUCUAAUAACAAUAUAUUGCAAUUACCACUUGAUUGUAUAUUAAGUCAUUCAGAAGCAAAAUUGCAUCAUAAUUUGGUUGAUUGUAACAUUGCAUUAUGUUCACCUUCAGUACUUCCCUUAUUUGCUGAUAAUUUUGAUUUCCAAACUAGAGAUGAUUUUGUCAAUGGUGUGUUGAUUAAUGAGGAAAUAUUAGCAAGUUCAUUGUAUUACAAAAUUCUUAAAGAAAACCAAUAUGCUGCUGCUAUCACUAACUGGAAAACUUACCAAAUUAUUUCAUGGGAUAUAUUACAUAACUGGGUAUAUCCUUUAUCAAUUGAGACUGGAUCAUUCUUUCAAAACAACUAUAUUUUUAUGGAAAAUUAUAAUUUCCGGAAAAUAACAUCAAAGUUAAGCAGAUCUUGUACACUAGUAGAAGAUGUACUGAUAGGUGCCGAUACAGAAAUUUGUGAUAACACAACAAUAACAAAAACUAUGAUUGGUAAUAAUUGUAAAAUAGGAAAUAAUGUUACCUUAGCAGGAAGUCAAAUAAUGGACAAUGUUACCAUUAAAGAUAAUUGUAAAAUUAUCAAUUCAUUUAUUGACAACAAUUGUGUAGUAAAUGCAGAUGCACUUAUAGAGAAUGGUACAAUUGUAGCUGAGAAUGUGAACAUAAACGCAGAAAGUAAGUUGAAAGGUGCCAUUAUUGAAUGUUCUGAAGAAGAUAAGAAUGAAAAGAAUCUAGUGAAAUCAACUUCAGAAAGUGGCACUGAGUGGGAGAAUGAAUCUGAUGGUAGUGGAGAUGAGGAGUUUGUAGGAUUCGAUAAAGUGUGGAGCGACAGUGAAUCCUGUUAUUCAUCAGAUAGCAGUGCACAAUCUUCCUUGCCCGAGUCACCAGUACCAGAAGAUACCAAUAUAUUCUUACAAGAAGUUAUUGACAGUCUUGCAAGAGGAUAUGAAGAGAAAAUGAAAUGUGACUACUUAAUUUUAGAAAUAAACUCAUCUAGAUAUGCUUACAACAUACAAUUACAUGAAGUUAACUUCUUUGUUAUUAGAGCUAUGCUCAGUAUGCCUAUACUUGUUGAUAGUAAAAGUGUUCUGAUCACUGUCAAAGAUAUAUUGAAGUUUUUCCGGCCAAUUUUGUUGAAUUACAUCAAGACUAAAUCAUCAAUAAUGGAUUGCUUAAGAGCAGUGGAGGAAAGUUGUAUAAAAUGUGACUGGUUGGAGGGUAAAGCAGGUCAAAUUCUACAUCUCUUAUAUGAGACGGAUGUUGUUGAUGAAGAUUCAUUGGUUGAAUGGUAUGAUGACUUGAAGGAUAAUGAAAGCCCCAUUGUCAAUCAAACAUCACUAGUCAAGUUCUUUGAAUGGCUUCAAGAAGCAAGCGAAGAGAGUGAAGAAUCAGAAUAAUGUAUAUAUAAAUAAUAAAACAUUCUGUUAUGAUAUUAAUAAAUAUUUAAACACA